UUGCAGGAUGUGCAGCAUGUUCCUGCCAGAACUGUCAAGCUUCGUGGCCUCCCUGCUGUUUGCCGUCCACCCCAUCCACACUGAAGCCGUAACGGGUGUUGUGGGUCGCGCCGAGACGUUGUCUUCGCUGUUCUUCCUAGGAGCACUGGUGGCCUACUCUGGGGCCACGGCGCGGCAGGUUCGGGGCCCCCGGGGGGCACGCGUGGCCACCGACUGGCGCCUGCUGCUGCUGGCCAUGAUUCUGGCCACCACCGCCAUGCUGUGCAAGGAACAAGGCAUCACCGUCAUCGCCAUCUGCGCCGUUUACGAGCUCUUCAUUGUCCAGAAGGUGCGCGGGUGGGAACUACUGCAGUUCGGGGAGGGGGUGGUGUCUGGUAAGGGGUCAGUGCCCCCCUGGUUGGCAGACAUGGCCCCCCGCGUUUUCGUGCUGGUGGCCACUACCUUGGGCCUCAUGUUGGCCAGGGUCCAUGUUAUGGGGGCCCAGCUACCCGUCUUCACCAGGUUUGACAACCCUGCUAGUGUGGCGCCCACACCUACACGUCAACUCACCUACAACUACUUGCUAAGUGUCAACACUGGUCUACUCUUGCUGCCCUCGGCCCUCUGCUGUGACUGGACCAUGGGCACCAUACCCCUCGUCGAAAGCUUCACAGACCUCAGAAACUUGGGGACGCUGGCGGUGUUUGCGGUGUUGACGAAGCUGUCCUACCAUGCGCUCUUUGUUGCCCAUCGUCACCAUGCCCAGGUCGUCGUUAUGUCUCUGGCGUUCCUGGUGCUGCCUUUCCUGCCGGCGACCAACCUCUUCUUCCCCGUGGGGUUCGUUGUGGCUGAGCGGGUGCUCUACAUGCCUUCCAUGGGCUUCUGUAUGCUGGUGGCUCACGGCUUCACCAACCUCCUCGACAGAGUAUUGCGAUAUAAAACUCACGUGGCUUAUAACACUUUGCAUAGAAUACGUCGAGUAUCUUCUAUGUCGUUAUCGUGUCUCCUCUUGAUCCGUUUGGCUUCGGUGAUAGUGUCUGAUGUACGGGAAACAUGUGACUUUUCGCUCAUUUCUCUCAGCUGUGGCAACAGUUUGGAGGGAAAACUUGGACCUCUGAAGCAUCAUUGUGUUUCGCUACGAGAUGAGAUAAUGACUAAUAGAAUGCCUCCCUGUGACCUUUAUCAACACAUUCUUUUCUUUGCACAGACUAAAGGAGUGCUUCCCUGCGACCUUUAUCAGCACAUUCUUUCCUUUGCACAGACUAAAAGAAUGCUUCCGUGUGAUCUUCAACAACACAUUCUUUCCCUUGUACAGGUGAACCAGAGGAAUGCCAAGCUGUUCAACAAUGUUGGCCAUGCGCUGGAGUCACAGGGUCGCUUCGCUGAAGCACUAAAGUACUUCCAAGCUGCCGUCACUGUACAGGAGGACGACAUCGGUGCCCACAUCAACGUGGGAAGAACCUACAACAACCUCAAGCUUUUCUCUGAUGCCGAGCAGGCCUAUCUCAAGGCCAAGUCACUGCUACCGAAGGCCAAGCCCGGAGAGAGCUACCAGGCCAGGAUAGCACCCAACCACCUUAAUGUCUUCCUUAACCUGGCCAACCUCAUUGCAAGGAAUGAGACACGUCUUGAAGAAGCCGAUGCCUUGUACCGUCAGGCCAUCAGCAUGAGAGCAGACUACACCCAGGCCUACAUCAACAGAGGUGACAUACUCAUCAAGAUGAACAGGUGAGCACGUGACUGGUGAGUAAAGUGAGUAUGCUCUCAAGAUGAACAAGAGAGAGAAUGUCAUAUGCGAGUUGAGUUCACGUUGAAGAUGAACAAGUGAGUGCUUGAUAAGUGAUUUUAAU